UUGGGGGAGGAUUGCGGUGAACAAUAUAUUUCCUUGUGCGAGUCAGAUGGAAGACGGUCUGGAGAACACGAUUGAAAUACGGGAAUAAUCGAACCGAAUUGCCCACAAGCAUUACACAGUUGUCAAUAAAUGUGCUCUUUUAUUUAAUGCACAUGUUCGUUUCGGGCAUAUGAACACUUACUCGAUGUGAUUGGGGCAAGCGAUUUGAGUUUCUGUCUGGUUUGUGAUCUUGGCUAUACUGCUAACUCCCGGCGUGGCUAUGACGGAGUUGCUGUCUGAUUUGGAUAGUCGUUUCUUCGCUGAUAACCUUUUGACCAGCGAGGACUGGGAUGCCUGCCUGUACCAGUGCGAGAGCAUGGAGGAGGGGGAGGAGGCGGAGUUCACCAAACAGCUGGCAUACGACACCGUGUUCAACAACGACCUCACCACGUGCCUCGAUCCCCACGACCCCGCGUUGCCAUGGAAACAGCCCAGCGACGACGACGACCUUCUCACAGGUGACAUUCCUGUUUUAAAGGAGGAUAGGACCAUCGUUCAGUCCCUGCCUGUUGACAUGCUGUUCCAAGUGAAGGCGGAGCCUCUGUCCCCAGCCUCCUCAUUGGCUUCUGACUGCUCCCUCCCGGAGGUACAGGUGACAGUUAAAGGGGAAAACCCUCCGACCCCCCCUUACAUGUUUGGGGACGUCCUGUCCCCGCCCUUGGGAACGGUCCAAGUCACCGUCACCCCCUCUCCACAACCGCAACCACGGCAACCACAACCGCAACCACAGGAACACCAAUCGCACAACGGCGUUGAGAAGAAGCCCCCUGCCACAGUCCUGCCUUCUCCUUCCACCCUGAAGGCCAACUCGAUACUCAGCAGCAAGCUGCCCAUCCAGCCCCGCCCAGUGGGUGUGGCCGCUAUGCCAGUCACUCCAAGCCCCGCCCCUGCUAAGGCCCUCCUCCUGCAGAGCCUGCCCUCCAUGGACCAGAAGCGGCCAGUGGUCCUCUCUCAGUCCGUCUGUCUGGGCUCCGCCCCCGCCGCCAUCGUGAAGGUGGAGCCCGUGUCUCCCAGCAUGCAUCACUGCGCCAGCCCGGCCGCUCCGCCGCCUGCCAAGCCCAUUAUCCCAGCAUCCCCUCUGCCUGGGGGCAGCUGCGGUGACAUUGAUAUGAAGGUUCUGAAGCGGCAGCAGAGGAUGAUAAAGAACAGGGAGUCGGCCUGUCAGUCGCGCCGGAAGAAGAAGGAGUACCUGCAGAGCCUGGAGGCGCAGCUGAGGGAGGCGCAGCGGGAGAACGAGCGCCUCCGCAGGGAGAACCAGGCGUUGCGCCAACGGCUGGCCGGGACCGAGGGGGGUGACUCCAGCAAUAGUAAGAGGGUGUUCUGCAUCAUGGUGGUUCUGCUGUUCAUCACCUUCAGUUUUGGCCCCGUCAGCAUCACGGACAGGAAGCUGGAGACUGGGUUACAGGAAGGGGCGGUCCCUCACACGGGAAGGCACCUGCUGCAGCUGCCCCAGGAGAGCAGGAGCCGGGAAGGGAGCGAGGGAGUGGAGGAGGAGAGGCCGGAGAGUGAGGAGGAGGGGGAGGAGAGAGACUCCCCUGUCUCCUUCCAGUUCAGGAACCAGAGCAGCGUGUUCAGCGACGUCAAGGACCUGGUUCUGCAGGACAUUGACCGGUACUUCAGUGCCACGGACUGUAGGCAGUUCAACCGCUCUGAGUCUCUCAGGCUGGCAGAUGAGUUGAGGGGCUGGGUUCACAGGCACCAGAUCGACAGGAAGAAGUCGGGGGGGAAGCCCAAGAUUGCCAAGAAAGCUAAAAUCGCUCAGAAGGCACAGCUGAGAAAGGCAAACUUCUCCAGGUAUCUGCCCAUCCAGGCCCAUCGUGCCAUUGAAAGUCAACUGCAGGUGUUACCAGGGCCAGAGGUCAGCUACAGUGACUUCCUGGACGCCAUCGACAGACGCGAGGACACCUUCUACGUGGUCUCCUUCAGACGGGAUCACCUGCUGCUGCCAGCAAUCAGCCACAACAAAACCACCCGUCCCAAAAUGUCCCUGGUGAUGCCGGCCAUGUCUGUCAACGAGAGCCUGUAUAACUCCUCUCAGGGGUAUGAGAUGAUGAUGCAGGUGGACUGUGAGGUCAUGGACACGCGCAUCAUCCCCAUCAAGGCCUCCGCCGUUCCGCCGUCGCUACGGGACCCGCCCCCGGCUCCGCCCCCGCACCAUCACCACGGCAACCACACCUCCCUCCGUGGCCGCCACGCCCACGGCCACACCCACCCCGGGGCGGCUGGGUCUCCACGGCAACCCUUGCCCGGGAGGGGGAGGGGGACGGAGCUCUACAUCACUCAAGAGGGGGGGAUAUGAGAUGAGGGGGGGUGUGGGGGGGGUGGGUGCGAGGGAUUUAGAGCAGAGAGCGAAAUUAUGAUAAAGAGAGAGCAUGGGGUAGACGAGCGAACGGGAAUAGCUGCACUGCGUCCAUGGUAACACGACGCUCGUCGCCAUGGCAGUUCCAUCAUGAGGACUUUCCAUGUUUUCCGUUAUAGGGUUUUGUUUUUUGUUUUUUUGUUUUUUUGGUAGGUUUUAACCCUUACUGCCUGUCCUCCCCAUCCAAAUUCGCUUCCACUUGCAGAUACAGAAAUGUCAUUUAUGUCCAACGUGUCUUAAAAGCCAGGACAGAAAUUUAAAUACUUCAAAGAAAUAAGAAUAAUAAAAUACCAUCCUUUCGGGUUUGUUUUGCUUAUAGUGAACGCUCAACCGCGAUGGUGUCCUUGGGCUGAACAGAACGUCCAGAUUGGAGUUGUUCGGGGGUUUUUAACGGCUUGGAUUGGACUUCCUGAUUGGUUGUGGUUCGGAUGAUUUUGUGGACCUGUAUGAGGGUAGGUUACACUUUAAAAAGGAGGGGGGGGAUGGGGAAUCUUUCUUUUAAUCUCGUUUGUAUAUAACCUGUUCUACCCAGGGCCACCGGUAGUCUGAUCAUGACAAAUAUCACAAACGACCCGGUAAGAGCUUUAAACAGGUGUGAAGUCAACUCAGUUUUCUGUUGUAAAUACCAGUAGAAGAUAUUUAGUGCUUUUCUCGAGCACGUGAAAUACAAUAACGCUUCCGUUGUCACCGGGGUUCCACACAGACUUGGCUUGGCGUGUGAAUGCAACGUGUUAGAGGUGUUCCGUCAUGUUUCAUUAGUUUUCUGUGCUCUUUUUAACGUUUUCUAAAAAAAAAUCUCAUUGAUGUGGUCAUAGCAUAUUGUGUUCCCUACAGCAAGAAAUGGUCUAUUUCUAGAUGGUUCUGUCACACUGGCCCAGCUUGCAAUGUCGCUGGUCAUUUGAAGCCUUGCUGCAGCUCUCCUGUACUGCAGGGGGCAGUGCAGAGAUUCCUCUUGAAUGCGGAGACGGAAUCACCAUAGAAGAAGCAAUAAGCUAGAAUGCCAGCUGUGGACUGAUUUUUUGCACACGCCACAAACUGCUCUGUUUGCAUUGCAUUAAACCAGUGGCUGGUUGCUUCUUGUGCAGAAUCACCAUCUUGUGUUGGGGGGGGGGCUUGAACUGGAGGCAGCGGUUCAUACCACUAUGGUGUCUUUUUUUUUUUUUGGAGGGGGGGGAUUUGUGCAGGCAUGCUGAGAUUCCAUUGUUAUAUGAAAUUAUAACACAAUAUCUCAUAACCUUAUUAAUAUGACCGGUAACCUCCAGGCAUUAUGUAAAGUCCGUAUAGCAAUGAGGGAACACUUUCUAUGUCCUAGGAUCUUUUCUGUAUAUAUUAUCUUUGCCCUGGAUGAAGACUACAAUGACGAUAUUCGCUUAUGUAAAUGGUUGUCUUUUUUAUUUUUUUAUUUUUGUAUAUAGUUGUGAUUUCUGUCCGUUGUAGAUACCAGCAUUGCGUAAAAGCAUAACUAUUUUAUCUUUUGUUUUGUCAGCACUGAGAAAGAUGAUGUUUUUACGUUGUCUUUGUUGAAAGGAGAAGACCACAUCGUGAGCAACCAUUUUGUAAUUUUACCCCAACUUGGUUAACUCGCUUGACGGGCCACGAUUGUGGGCGGAGUCGUCAUCCUGCAUCCCUGAAGCUCGAUCAUUGCAGUGCUGUGGUGGGAUCAUCCUGUAAAUAAGCCUGUGUUUUCAGUGAUCCGGUUUUGUCAGACCACGUCCUCUGGAGUCUAAUGAGAUCUCCCUAUUUUACAGUUCUCAUUCUUAAUAAACGCCUCCCUCAAGUUACCGAUGCAAUUCAGCAGUAAAAAAAACCAGGCUUUCACUGAUAAUGGAGAAUAUUUUUACUCAUUUUUUUAGUCUGCGUUUCGCGUCUUAAGUUUUGCCGUAUAUUCCGUCCCGGACAGACGGACGGACGUAGCUAAGAUUCCACGCGGCGUACGUCCUUCCCUCGCUUCCUGGUCAAACUGGACGAACGGCCACUUCAGUUACGUUGGGUUUGUAGAAACCAGAAUUAUUGCCGAAAAGUAGAAAGUUACCCUUUUUCUGGCGAUUGAGUGAGCCCUUUGUAUAUUUUAUUGUAUGAUUUUUUUUUUUUUUUUUUACCUCCCAACUACGUACAAAAUAAGAACAAGAAGAUGUUUAUAUAAAACAUGGAUAAAACGGAGAUAGCUGGUGAUUUAGUCUGAAGUUCCUGUCGGCAUUCACCCACUCACCCUUGCAUAUGACGCUCGCUUGUUUAAGCUGUGACGCAGUCAUGCAACUGUACGUGACCACAACAUAUUGCGUACGGGAGACACGAUCACACUCGCCUACGAAACAUACCAUUGAGUGCAAACACUGUCAGUCAGACAUCAAACUACUAAUGUCUGUCUAGUCUAACAUAGUGAUGUAAAUACUGUCAAAGCUAUCAAUUUUAUAAAUUUAUUUAAGUUUUUUAUUUAAAUUUUCAUUGGAGGAAAAAGAAAUUAAGUUUCCCUGUGCCCUUGACAAAGAAAUUGUGUGAACUUCCACAUUUGCAUUUGUAGAUGACCAAGAUGAAUUUGAUAAAUAAAAGUAUUAUUUAAAAAAAGAA